AUGGCAUCAACUACAUCAACGACAGUCCCAUCCACCCCGCCCAUCUGCACACUCUCCUCCCUCGACCACCUUGUCCUAACCGUCAAAUCCAUUCCAACCAGCAUCAGCUUCUACACUCAAGUCCUAGGCAUGGCCCAUCAAUCCUUCACAUCACCUUCAGACCCUACAAGCACACCUCGCCACGCCCUUUUAUUCGGCAGCCAAAAGAUCAAUCUACACCAAGCCGGCAACGAGUUUGAGCCCAAGGCAGUCACAGCGUUGCCCGGUACGGCAGAUUUGUGUUUUUUGACCGAAGAGGAUGUCGGGGUUGUGUUGGGGAGGCUGAAGGAGAAAGGGAUCGAGGUAUUGGAAGGUGGGAAGGUGGUGAAAAGGACUGGGGCGAGGAGCGCGUUGAGAAGUGUCUACGUGCGAGAUCCGGAUGGGAAUUUGAUUGAGAUAUCCAAUCCUACCGUGUAG